AUGUCAAGAAGAAGGCGCCUACGUGACGAGGAAAUACCUUGUCAACUAGUAGAAAUUCCAUCAGACCCAGAAUCAGACGUUAGUGACGGAGACGAUGAUGAUGAUGCAGCGUUCUUGCAGGAAGAGGAAGUAGCAGAAUAUGAAAGUUGUGAUGAAAAUGGAGAUGCUGAUGAUGAUGAGGAGGAGGAGGAGGAGGAGUUUAGAAAUCAGAAUUCAUCGCCUGAUGUUAACUGCAGUUCAUCUGAGAAGAUAAUGUGGAGGAAAACGUAUUGUCCUGCUCCAGCAGGUGAAUUUACCUCAAGUACAGGACCAAGUCAAGAAAUUUUUGACCUUGAAGACCCCACUCCCCAUGAUAUAUGUUCAAAAUUCAUAACAAAAGAGGUGAUUGAAGAUAUUGUUUUUCAGACAAAUCUCUAUGCACUGCAGCAAGGAAAGAAUUACAAACCAACUGAUGAAAAUGAAAUAAAAACAUUCAUUGGAAUGAACCUCUUGAUGGGGAUUGUUAAACUUCCAAGCUACCGUGACUACUGGAGUAGCAAUCCUUGCUUACAUAAUGACUUCAUCAGUAAACUAAUGCCAGUGAAUCGUUUUGGAUGGCUUUUAGGCAAUAGUCACCUAAAUGACAACACUCUGAUGCCAGACAGAAAAAGCCCUGAGUAUGACAAACUUUACAAGGUUCGUCCAUUCCUGAAAGCUAUGCAAGAAAAUUUUGAAAGACACUUCCUCCCCAGCUGUAGUGUUGCUGUGGAUGAAUCGAUGAUCAAAUUCAAAGGGCGUUCCUCAAUGAAGCAGUACCAACCAAACAAGCCUAUAAAAAGAGGGUAUAAAGUAUGGAUGAUGGCAGAUAAAUCAGGCUAUUGUUUGAAAUUUGACAUUUACACCGGAAAAGUAGAAAACAAAGUUACAAAAGACCUGGGUGCAAAAGUAGUAACCUCACUAGUAGAGGAUCUAGAAGGAAAGGAACACAAAGUUUACUUUGACAACUACUUCACUAGUGUAGAUUUGAUGAAAAAACUAAAAGAAAAAGGGGUGAAUGCUUGUGGCACCGUGAAACCCUCGCGGAGAAAUCUGCCAACUUUCAAAUCCAGCAAGAACAUGAGUCGUGGAGAUUCUGAAACAUUCACAAGUAACACCGGAAUUAAUGCAACUAAAUGGCGUGACAAGAAGGAUGUAUUCCUCCUAACAAAUUUUCAUGAUCCUAAAGACAUCUCGGAAGUAGCAAGAAGAGAAAAAGAUGGUACAAGAAAAUUGUACCCCUGUCCUAUAUCUAUCAUUGAGUAUAACAAGAACAUGAACUCAGUAGACAAAUUUGAUCAACUACUGUUUCAGUGGAAAUACGAAGAAAAGAAUCCAGUCAUCAACCACAGCGAGGCACUCGCAGACGGUGUGCUCUCUGCAGCACAAAAGCCAAAGAAGUACGCACUGACUGGGUCUGCUCUGUGUGCCAAGUGCCUCUUUGUCUUGGGAAAAUGUAUCUCCAACAGGUGUAAGCACAGCUCUGGGAGGCAUGUACUGUACAUAGUGAAGACUACUGACACUGUCAUGGCAACAAUGCUCCAACUGAUCAAUAACGCUACUAUGUACAAAGUCCUUAACGCUGCUCUUAACAUAGCCUACUGA